UAUAUCAGAAUCAGUUCGUGUUCAAAGAUCGAGACAGAGUGACACAAUAUGAAGAUAUUACAGACAAUCUUAUUAAUAGUAUGUUCUAUAAUAAUUACAGAUGGCCUGAAAAUUCUAAGUGUUUUCUCAUAUUGUGCUCACAGUCAUUACACCUUAGGAUACAGACUUUCAAAAGAGUUAGCCGACAGGGGACACGAAGUCACAUACGUUAAUUGUUAUCCAAAUCAACAACAAGUCAAGAACCUGAAAGAGAUAUCUGUGGCUGCAGUGAAGAAACCAUUGACUGAAUGGACAGCACAAUUAAAAGACUUCGGAGAAUUAUCCUACCUAAGUCAAUUGGAAUGGAUCAAAAAUCUGGGUAACUUCUACACGAGCAAAGUAUUCCAGACGAAAGGCGUGAAAGAUUUGAUGAAUUCCAAUGAAGAAUUUGACUUGGUACUGUUAGAACACUUCGUAAACGAUGCUAUGACCAUCUUCCACCACAGAUUCAAAUGCCCUCUUGUAUUCCUCGUACCGGUACCACCAGCAACUCUGAACAACUACCUGGUUGGAAACGAAGCGCCGCCAUCUUUCGUUCCUAAUCUUUUGACAGAUUUUGACCCGAAGAUGACCUUUUGGCAGCGUUUACAGAAUACCUAUCUUUAUUAUGCUGGUGAAUUGUUCGUCCAUUUCAGGCUGCUUCCAGAUCAGAACAGCCUUCUGAAAGAACAUUUCCCGGAUGCACCAGAUUUAUCGACGAUCCUCUAUAACGCUAGUAUGGUUUUAUCGCUAUCACAUUCUAGCUUAAGCGAUCCUGUACCUCUACAACCAAAUACCAAACCAAUAGCUGGUUACCACGUUUCCCCAACAAAACCUCUUCCGAAGGAUAUCAAAAAGUUCUUGGACGAAGCUGAAGAUGGUGUUGUCUUAUUCUCAAUGGGGUCCAAUUUGAAAAGCGCCAAUUUUGAACCAAAAAAGAGGAAAGCUAUAUUGCAAGCUUUUUCGAAAAUUAAGCAGAAGGUUUUGUGGAAAUUUGAGACCGAUCUACCCGAGAAGCCUAACAACGUUAUGAUUAUGGAUUGGUUGCCUCAAGCAGAUGUCUUGGCUCAUCCAAACGUGGUAGCAUUCAUAUCUCACGGAGGACUGCUCGGGACUAUCGAGGCAGUACAUCAUGGAGUACCAAUUUUUGGUAUACCCGUGUUUUGGGAUCAAAUGAAAAAUAUCGAAGAUGCAACUAGAAAAGGUUUUGCAGUUAGGUUGGACCUAAAACAUCUGGAUGAAGAAUCGUUUGAUAAAACUCUUAACGAAAUACUCGACAAUCCAAGUUACAGGAAAAAUGCCAAAGAACGUUCCAAAGUAAUGCAGGAUCAACCAGUGCAUCAACUAGAUGAAGCAGUAUUUUGGAUUGAGUACGUAGUAAGACACAAUGGUGCACCUCAUUUAAAAUCAGUGGCAGCAACUCUACCAUGGUACAAACGAUAUUCUGUUGAUAUUAUUGCAUUUAUUAGUUUAAAUAUAGGUGUAAUAUUAUUAUUUAUUAGGUUUGUUGUAAAAUUGUUGAAAGGGGGAAAGCCUGGUAAUAAAUUAAAGAAGAAAUAGUGUUUU